CCGUGGCCGUCCUCAACGUCAAAGCGAUCGUCCCCGUCACCCUUGACCUCGCCGCCGGCAACUACUCUCGGUGGCGUGGCCUCUUCCUCGUCGUCCUCGGCAAGUAUGCCCUCACGGAGCACGUCUUCUCCGACAACCCCCCCCCCUCGACCGCGCGGACUGGACGCAGAUGGACUGCGUCGUCCUCGCGUGGCUCUACGGCUCGAUCUCCCCCGAGCUGCUUCAGGAGGUCAUGUCCGGCACCGCGACGGCGAGAUCGGUCUGGCGCGACCUCGAGCUUCUCUUCCACGGCAACAGCGAGCGCCGCAUAAUCAACCUGACGGCGGAGUUCCACGCGUUCUCCCAGGGCGACCUCUCCAUCGGCGAUUAUUGUCGUCGACUCAAGACUAUGGCCGACACGCUCGCCGAUCUCGGCGAGCCCGUCGCCGACCGGACCCUGGUGCUCCAGCUCAUCGGCGGCUUGAGCGACCGAUUCGACAAUCUGCGCUCGCUGCUGCCCAUGCGGUCCCCCUUCCCCACCUUCACGGAGGCCCGCUCCCUGCUUCUCCUCGACGAGCUCACCCGCGGCGGUACGACCCAAGGCAUGCCGGCGACGGCCUUCGUCGCGACCUCUGCCGGCCCCGCUCGUCCCCAAGCUACGACCGCCUCCAACGCUACCGGCUCCACCAACUCCUCCAACAACUCCCGCAACUGCCGGCGCGGGCGCGGCGGCAGCGGUGGCUCAUCCUCUUCGACGCCUGCGCACGGGGGUGGCCAGGGCAACUCAGCCCAAAAGACGGUCUGGCCCACCCCCUAUAACCCCUGGACCGGCUCCAUCCAAAUGUGGCCGGGCCCGAUGGGCCACGGUCCAGGUCUGCUCGGUGCACGGCCCAACUACGCAGGCUUCACCGCGCUGUCCCACGCGCCGUUCGCUGGGGCUGCGGGGGCGCACUUUGCUGGGCCGUCCGGCUUCCAGGCCGCGGCCCAGCCGGCUUUUGCCUCCCAGGCAGGCCCAGCACAGUAUGCAGCGCCCCCCUCCAUGACGCCUCCUACGCCGCACUCCGUCCCGACUCCGGCACAGUACCUGUGGUCUGGUCCCUCUCACUGGGACCCGCAGGUGCUCGCAAGCGCCUACAACACCGCCGUCCUGACUCCACUGCCGUCAACUGAAUGGUAUAUGGACUCGGGCGCCUCCGCUCAUAUGACAUCGGAUGCCGGCUAG